CUACCGAAAAAUUCCUCAGCACCUUUUCCCGUGCUCCCUCUGUAUUUGUCUUGUAUGAGAUUGAAUACCGUACAUUUCUAAACAUUUGAAACGACUGUCCAAUGUACCGCUAGUAAAUGAGUGCAGACGACAUGUAAUAUGGAUAUGCAGAAAACCGAAAACUGGCUUUCUUACCAGUCUUUGAAUAUUUGAACGGUCAGACAACCUGUCAAGCGUAGACAGUCAAGGAGCACAAGUUGGAUGUUUUGCUAUCCGUGAGAGCGCACGAGAAGUUGGCCGGCAAAGUUCAGAAAAUCAUCGGACACCGCUUUUAUCACCACAGACACAAACUUCGUCACCACCAACAUGCUACUUCCGUGGGCAUCAUGUCGCAAACCUUGUAGAACUACCCUUUAACACGGUGAAAACUGUGUGCGAUAGCGAACUAACGGGAGUCUGUCUCGCAACCAGGAUUUCUCCAGACGUUGGGCUGCUUGAGAAGAAGCGAGAUGCUGAACGUUCCAUCCCAGUCCUUCCCCGCUGUGGGCUCCCAACAGCGUGUGGCACCAGCCGGGCAGUCAAGGAACAAGGUGGCCUUGAAGCCAGGCCACAGUUUGAUGGACUGGAUCCGGCUGACCAAAAGUGGACGGGACAUGACGGGGCUCAGGGGCCGCCUGAUCGAGGUCACAGAAGAGGAGCUACGCAAACACAACACCAAGAACGACUGCUGGACAAGUAUCAGAGGUAUGGUGUACAACAUCACAGCCUAUAUGGAUUUCCACCCUGGUGGUGAAGAGGAGUUGAUGCGGGCAGCGGGCAUCGAUGGUACCGACCUCUUUGACCAGGUGCAUCGCUGGGUAAACUAUGAGUCGAUGUUGAAGGAGUGCCUGGUAGGGAGAAUGGCCACCAAGGUCACCGUGGUAACCAAAGCUCCAUCUGAGAAAGAGGAGAAGAAGACAACAGUGAAUGGUCUGGCGCCCCCAUCUCUCCCCCCUCCUGCGUCUCUGGGGCCUGCUGCUGGCCCUCCGCCCCCCAAAGACACGCGGCCUCGCUAUGACUGGUUCCAGACAGAUGCUACGGUCAAUAUUGUGGUCUACACCAAGAGGAAGCUUCCUGCUGUGGGCAGUGCCGUGGUGGACCUCCACAAUGGAGCCCUGCGCAUCGAGGUUGUCCUGGGGAAGCUGUCAUAUCUCCUCCACUGGUGUCUGCCUCAUGAAGUGGAGGAGCGCGUUGGCGUGCACACAGCCAGUGCGGUGGGGAAGAUCCAGGUGGUGGUGUGGAAGAAGGCCAAGAGCAAGUGGACCGAGCUUGGGGAGCACCUGGAUGCACACAACACCUUCGAGCGCAGGAGGGACCGCGGGGUGUUCUACCGCCAGUGUGUUCUGGUGUCCAAGACAGAGGUGACCCACGAUACCAGACUCCUCACCCUCCGCCUGGCCCCCAGUACACACAUGCACGUGCCAGUUGGCACACACGUCUACCUCAAAGGCACACUCGCAGAUAGUGAGGUGGUGAAGCCGUAUACUCCAGUGGACUCCGCCCUGCUGCCUGAAGCUCCGCCCACUGAGGGCAGUGAGGCGUCUCAUCUCUUCCUGAUGGUCAAGAUCUACCCCGACGGAGCUCUCACACCCCACCUCGACACGCUCAACAUAGGUGAGGCGGUGUGUGUGAGCAGUCCUGAGGGUCCCUUCAGUCUGCGGCUGCUGCGUGGCGUCACACACCUCUACCUGCUGGCUGCCGGCACCGGAUUCACACCUAUGGCCCGCCUCAUCCGCCACGCACUCACAGACCUGCCCACACUCAGGAAAAGUAAGCUGAUGUUCUUCAACCGGAAGGAGGGAGACAUCCUCUGGCUAACACAACUGGACCAGCUGGCUGUCAAAGAAAACAGGUUUGAGGUGGAGUAUGUGCUCUCGGAGCCAUCUGAUUCGUGGACGGGCCAGAGGGGGCGGAUCCAAGCCUCCAUGCUCACAGACUUCCUGGUUCGGCCCGAGGAUUCCAAAUGCCUGGUGUGUGUGUGCGGACCCACCGCCUUCACCGAGCUCGCUGUCAGGUUGAUAAAGGAGCUGAACUUCAGUGAUGAAGAGAUACAUGCCUUCCAAGGCUGAGACGUGCCUGCGUUCGUGCGUGCGUGCGUGAGAGUGCGUGUGUGAGAGUGUGAGAGUGCAUGUGUGUGAGAGUGUGUGUGUAUGCGUGUGCGUGUACUGUACUGUACGGAGGAAGGACUGUACGGAGGAAGGAACGCACUUUGGAAGGAAUGGCUAAAAGGACUUGGUCACUAUGCACAAAGCACUGCCGUUAUGCUCCCACUCUCGUCUUGCAUUGUCUAAUUUAAGCCUCCAUUUAAACCUCCAUAGGCCAUGUUAGUCCAAGUGUGCGUGCGUGAGAGAGAGGAGAGAGAAAGAGAGAGAGAGAGAGAGAGAGAGAGAGAGAUUAGACCUUUAGACCAGCAUUUCAGUGUGUCCCUGAACUCUGAACUCCUUCAUUAAUUUCAGCGUGUCCCUGAACUCCCUCAUUAAGACUGGGAAGUGUGGGUGUGUGUUUGUGCGCUCGCGUGCGUUUUUGCACGUGUCAAAUCUAUUUAGCAUGCCUCACCUAUGGCCAGCACCCUGUCAUCUAUGCCAAGCCAAUGAUUCCCCUCUGCCUGCCUCUCUAAACAUUUCGCAUCACUGCUCCCUUGGUGGAUGCUGUCAGUGUAUCCUUGGCUGCAUAUGGAAGCGAUAGGCAGAGCAGAGCUAAUCCUCUAGGUGGAGGAUGCAUAUCUAUCUAUCUGCCUGCCUGCCUGACGGAUGGUCAUGCAAGUGUGAUUCAUGAUAAUGUCACUGUGUGUGUCCUUUUUGUGGGUGUGUGUGGGCGUCUUUGUUAGUUAGUGGGAGUGGUUAAUAUAUCACACUGGCAUGAUACACACGCGCACACACACACAGACACACAGACACACAGACAGAUAGACAGACAGACAGAGGAGGAAAUUGAGAGAGCAGCUCGAAAUUACCAUUUUUUCUGGUUUUACUACAAAACUAUGUAAAGGCAUUUGGCAUAUUUUUCAGUAAAAUCAUGAACAUUGUUUCAUUCUAUAAAUCACUGACAUUUCCUCAGAAUUGCGAAUGAAAACAUUGUCAUUUAGGUCAAAAUAACACAAUAUAAUAUUUUAACUCAGCAAGAGUUCAGAAAUAAAUAUUUGGUGGAAUAACCCUGGAUUUUUGUCACAGCUUUCAUGCACCUUGGCAUGCUCUCCACCAGUCUUUCACAUCUUUCUUGGAUGACUUAAUUCCAAUCCCGGUGCAAAGAUUCAAAUUACUGAGCUUUGUUUGAUGGCUUGUGAUCACCUCUCCUCCUUUUGAUCACAUUUGAGGGGUUUUCCAUGGGACUCAGGACUGGAGAUUGGGCUGUCCAUGACAGGGUCCUGGUCUGGUGGUCCUCCUUCCACACACUAAUUGACCAAGCUGCGUGGUGUGCUGAGAUGCACUGAGGUUACUGAGAUGAGCAGCAUUAAAGUGGGGAUAUACUGUGUUUGUAUGUAUAGGCUAUAUAUACUGUCUCUCUAAUCUAUAUAUACAGUCCCAGGAAAAAGUUUGUACACCCUUUGAAAUUUCUUACAUUUCUGUCAAAAUUGGUCAUAAAGCAUGGUCUGAUCUUCCCGGAAAUCACAAGAAGGAAUAUUCAGAGUCUGCUUUAACUAAUUCAACCCAAACAUUUGCAAGUUUACAUAUUU